AGAGAGAGAGAGAGAGAGAGAGAGAGAGAGAGAGUAGUGGCUCGUUGAACAUAGAGCAAGAUAGCAGCAGUCGUCGGUCGGGCCUCUGGUCGGGUUGGGCAGAGAGCUGCCGUGCCGCGUACUCGCAGUCUUUCCUAAGUGUAUAUGUGUAAAUGUGUGCGAAAUAUCACGAAAAAAAGAAAAAACAAUGGUACAGUAAAUCGCGCACGCACUUUCUCGUUCUAAUUUCUGUGAUAUAAAGACCCAGACGUAUAUACGUGCAACGGACACGCACGGGGGCGUUAAUCGAUUGCUGCGCGUGCGAAGAGUUGUACGAAAUUGACAACGGAUUAUGGGCAGUCCGAGGUAUGCAUCGUUAGAGCCGCUGCUGCCGCUGCCGCCACCACCGCCACCACCGCCGAGGAGAGCUGGGCAGCAGACGCAUCCGGCCAUCUUGAAUCUGUCCGCCGUCGUGCAGCAGCAGCAGCAGCAGCAGCAACAGCAGCAGCAGCAGCAGCAGCAGCAGCAGCAACCUCAGAGACGACGAUGAGGAUCCUGUCAUCAUCGCUCCACUGAGAUUCCACCACAAACAGAGGAAGAGAUAGGCUAUUUUACUGUACGGCACUGCUCUGUGCACUCGCCUACUCUCCUCCUCCGGCCUUCUGGCCGCUCCGUAUGCACUAGACUGGAACACGCAACGACUCGUACGUGCGUGCAUGCGUGCGUAAACAAAAUCGUACGAAAAAUCGAUCGCGUGCAUAUACAUACGACUGUAUAUGCAUAGAAGAUAUCGCGUUGGGAACAGAGUGUGUGCGCGCCUGGACGUGAUUCAAAAGAGGCAGACGACGCGCGCCACCGACGAAGCGAGAGUGAGGUUAGCGCCGAUGACCUUGACUACUCGCUCGUAUUCACCGGCGCUCGAAGUCGCACGAGCUCUAACGUCGACAUGAGCACAGCCACCACGAAGAUGGCACCUGAGCAACAGCAACAGACAUCCGCGUCCUCAUCGACGACGACGGCACAGAACAAGCCGACAUCUACGUACGCGGCUUACGUACCUAUACCUGGUACUUCGGCUUCCUUCGCCGAGGGUAGAACGCCUACUGCUCUAUUUCUCAUGGAGGAACGUCCUGUGGGCGACAAAUCCAGUGACACCGCAUUGCCGAUGCUCAACAAUACCAGUGUCAUCGACGGCAAGCAGGAAGAACCUGCAACUCUGUCAACUUUAAACGAAGGAGAGUUGCGAGCUUUGUUGGAUGAAGCCAUCACAUAUAAAUGUCCAAAGGACCGUGAGGGAAAGUCCAAUCUUUUCAAGGAGCUGCUGCAGGAAGCGGAGGCCGACGAGAGCGAGGAGAGCCAUUGGGCGAGCGUGACGAGCAGUGCCGGGCGCUGCCUGCCCCGCGGUUACGGUGGCGGUGGAGCUGGCGCCAGCUCGAGACGGCAUAAUCAUCGUCGCUGCGGGGAUUCGGUGUCCGAGCACCUGACCCACGGCGGCAGUCUCCAAAACUUGGCUCACGACGACUUCGACUCGACGACCAAUAGCUUGGCUUAUCUUGCCUCCUCCGGUCAUCCACGACAUCGUGGCAAUCUCAAAGCCAGCAAGAAGUCGCACUCUAGCGUGUCAGCCAGACAGAGGGAAGGCGGCUCGCUACCAUCAAACGUCAACGCCACGCAUAAUUUCGGCAACUUUGAUUUGGUGUACGAAAGGAAGAAGGGUUUGUCCGAAGAAAAAAAGUCACUAUACGAUUGGACUAACAAAGAAAAAUCCAAAUCUUUGGAUAAACCUUCUUACGAUCGUUACUCUAAGAAAGAAGAUAAAGAGAAGGACAAAAAAGAUAGUAAAUUAAGUGGUUCGUGUGACAUUGAAACUGAAUUGCGAGACAAACGAGGCGGCAGUAACAAAGGGAAGCUUGGAGCAAAUGAGAUGCUUGAUUCAGACAACCCAACUCCGGAAUACAAUAAACAAGAUUGUGUAGUCAGUGGUCUUGAAGACUUAGAGGCAAGUUUAAUAAGCGAGCAGAAUGCUUCGGCAGCGCUCGGAGGCGUUCAGUGGCUUCGUUCCCUGGACCCUCAGGACCAGCAGGGCACUGAAAUGAAAGUUAUCGGUCAACAGCAACAACUCCGGCCGGUACAUUUCAUAACACGUGCGACCUUGGAAGUACCUCCAUCAGACGGCUCGACGGUCGAUUCCUCGACUUCCCGCGAAGAUACAAUUAAGCUGGAUAAGUCCAAAAUAAAUGUGAACGGCUCUGAAAGGACAAACAGUAGCAGUAGCAGUAGCAGCACUACCAUUAACCCUAACGCCUUGCCGCUUUCGUCCUACAACAACGCUGUAAAAUGUGUAAUGGGCGGACCCUCAAGCGUUUACUCGGUUAUGUGGCCGACGCCUAGCAUUUCUAUGGUCUCUAGGUUGACAGCACAUCACAUUGCAGGCAAAGAAUCGUCAGCAUCCGGUGAGAAAAAAUCGUUAGAUGAAAACGGCAACGCUGUACAAGGCUACAACGGUGAACGUAAAAAGCCACGUCGGAAGAAUGUGCAAGAGCCCAACGUCAUAGUAUACCAGGCGGAAAAUGUCGAGGGUCAUCGUGAUGAUGAGGACAUCGAUAGUUUAUUAAGUUUCAUCGAGAAUAAAGAGUGUAAGAGCAAGAAAGGCAAAACAAGCAACUCCGUCAAAGUUAAGUCUGCCGCCUAUACAAAGUCAAGAUCUCGCGACAAUAAAGACAUCAAAAGGGAACAAAUUUCCACGAAAUUGCAAAAGUCCAAUUCCCUCGAAGAAAUUUCGAAGACUAAACUCGAGGAUCUCACCACCGAAAAAAGCACGACAUCCAGUGGAUCUAAUAGCGUUUCAAGUCAGCAUGGUCCUUUGAAUUUAUCUCUACGUCGUGCAAAGCAGCGAAGCACCGGUGAUACGUCAGUUGUCCAUCCACGAGGUGAUCGUAGAUCUUGGGGCACAGAGGAGGGCCAGUUAAUUUAUUGCAAUGAUACUGGUGACGACUACGGUAGUCGUCGUAAUUCAGUGAAUUCGGUGAAAAAACAUAACGUCGAGAACGAGGCAGAGACGGAAUUCCACGUUGUGACCAACAAGAAGAAGAAAACCAAAAAGCAACGCAGAAGCUCAAGUGGUAGCAGAGCUCAAAAUCUGUCGGGUUCAGGCUCUUAUCUCCAACGAGGUCGAGGUUUCUCAAACGAUUUUAGAACGCCACUGUCUCCUGAGCUUAGACGAAAAUCUGCCAGCAGCAUGCCUCCAAGUGACAAAUCGGAUAGCAGUGACUUAGACUCGGUUCAUUCGCUGCCAGUAACAUCAAACUCAUCGAAACACAAUUCGUCAAAGACUGCAAACUCGUCGUCGAAUGCUCCGCCGGCAAGCUACGCUGACAUAGCGCGCAUGGCAUCGCUUAAUAUGUCGACCAACCCCGUUAUGAACAUAUCGAAUUUAAUGUCGAGCAGUCUAAUGAAUGCACAGACAUGGCCUAGUGUGACAUCGUCCAAAAAUUCCCCAGAAGCCGAGAAACUUCCUAAUGCCGAUUACUACCCUAGCUUGGACGAGUUACAACAUUCUGAUCGUAAGUCGCGACAGCACAGUUUCGCCCAACAAGGCGCUAGUCUCAGUCUCGAUAAGCCAUCCUCACCGACCAAUUCGACCAAAUCAAAAGCGUCACCGAAAAAUAGCAAGAAAACCGACGAGGAGGCUAUCAAAAAAGUAGCUAAGUAUGUGCAAGAUAUUGAGAAAAUGAAACAACAGCAACAGCAGCAACAUAGUCAAUCGCAGCAAGAUACUAAACAGUCGAGCAACAAUUCUAGUCCUAACUCUAACGAUACUACACCGACCAAUCCACUGCCUACGAAGUUACCUGGAUCUCCGACGCAGACAGUGGACUUAGAAAGCAACAGUGGUGAGAAUAGCAGUAAGGACUCAAGUGCCAGUUCGAAAAACAGUGCGAGGAUACGUAAAACUCAUCCGCCAGGUACUCGUGAAUUUUCAAAUACGCGAAGCCGAUCCCAGGCUGACGAGUUGCGUGAUCAAAUAAAAAUUCAGAGUCACCCAGCGGAAGAGCCGAUGCAGUCUAAACCUUCCAGUAAUCCCCCAGUUCAGUCACAGGCACAGGAAGACGUAAAGGAGCCGAAAAAAGUCGCAAGUAGCUAUAACGUAACGGCUGGUCCGUCUGAAACGACUAAUGAGCCGACCAAACCAAGGAUCGUUAUGAGCUCCAAACCUGUCGUCCUUCAGUCACGGCUAAUCGAUGCUGACAUUAUACGUGUAAAUAAAACUGAUAGGCUUCCGAAAGCUGUGAAAGACCAGCCAGUUAACUCAAAAGAGACUACCAAAAUCUAUUACCCACAGCAGAUUCCUGUCGUCCAAAUGAACUGUCGGUUAGAAAAGACAGUCGACCAGACUGAAAGCAAGAAAUCAAAGCAGUCAAAUAACUUGAACAAACACGAAAAAGAAGCUAAAGUACCAGAGUCACAGCCAGUCAACAAGGCCAGCACAUCAACAACUUCAAGACCAGCAGUGAUUCUCUUCGACGAGAAUAUUACCGACCAAGCCAGAAGUACCGAAUCCGAGUCAAGUGAGUUGACCUUUGGUUUUGAAGUCAACGAGGAACUACUUCUUUCCGAAGAAGAAGACGAGGAAACUCCAAUGGCUAGUCCAGACAUGUCACGUUUUUCAAUUUCACCGUCAAACUUCAAUAGGCAGCCGCCCAUAUACAACAAACACGUCAGAAUAGAAAAACUACCUACAGGCUACCAAAUAAAUCCCACUUACAUACCGAUGCAUCAGUUGCCUCCACAUCCAGUAAUAGUGCAGACGAUGCCCUUCAUGAACUGCCAAAUGAGAUUUCAAACGCCUUAUGUGGUGGCACAGCAUCCGCCUCCACCACCACCGCCAGCGGCGACCACCAUUGUCGAAAAAUGUCGGAAUCAACCCAAAGAGGACUUCUCUUCACGUUACAUUGCCCCUGAUGAAAACCACGUACAAAAAUUCAAUCACGACAAGAUUGUUUCAUUUGUCGGAUUAGCAUGGGACGACGUGAUGCGAGAAUCAGGAUCAGCAUCAUCGAGUCGAGUGCAGUACUAUAGUGAACAGUGAAAAAUUGUCGUUAAUAUUAGACUAUUUAAAAAACAUAGUGCUUUAAACACGUAAAAGUAUAAAAAAAAAACUAAAAAAAUAA